CCCACCCUGUCCCUCCCUACAAUAGUCCUAUCCCUAUCCUACUCUGACGUACACAAUCCGAAUCCACAAUCCCACUGCAUCAUGGCGGACAUCUCAAAGGACGACCUGAAGACAGAAAUUGCCGCAAUCCUGAAGGAUGCAGAUCUUACUAAAAUGUCUGCUAAGAAAGUCAGAGAGGAAAUUGAAGAAAAAUUAGACUGCGAUCUCUCCAGCAGGAAAAAAGAAAUUGACGACCUAGUAAUGCAGUGUUUAAAAGAAAAAAAAGGCAGUGGAAAGAAAUCAGGUAAGAAAAACGGAAAGAAAGACUCUGAUGAUGAAGGUGGAGAUGAUGAUGGCGAGGAUGAGGAGGAAGAAGAAGAAGAGGAAGAAGGAGGUGAUGAAGAUGGAUCAGAAGAGGAGGAGAAGCCGAAAAGAGCAGCCAAAAAGCCAGCACCCAAGCGGAAGAAGGGAAGCAGCGAAGAGUCUGAAGAAGAAGAUGAGAAGGACAGUGAUGACGAAUAUAGUCCAGCAAAGAAAGCUAAGGGUAAGCCCAAGGGUAAAGGCAGGAAGAAGAAGAAGGGCAGUGACUCAGACUCUGAUGAAGACUGGGGAAAAAAUAAAGCCAAGGCCAAGAAAGGAGGCGGUGGCAAGAGAGGAGGAGGUGGCUACACCAAGGUGUGCACUCUCACUCCUGAACUAGCUGCUGUGGUUGGUCAGGACAGCAUGGCUCGUCAUGAAGUUGUGAAGAAGGUUUGGGCCAUCAUCAAGGAGAAGAACCUCUAUGAUCCGAAAAACAAGCAGUUUGCCAUCUGCAACGAUGAUUUAUUUAAAGUAUUUGGUGUGAAACGUUUCCGUACCUUUGGCAUGAUGAAGUACCUCAAAGACCACUUCGUUGACUAGAAAACUCUUGAAUUUUAACGGUAUUUUUAUCAUAAUUUUCUUGAAUUUAGACUGUGAACAGGUACCUCAUGCGGUAUUGUGUUUUUAUUUAUAUAUAAAUAUUAUUUACAACACAGUUUACAAUCACCUAACAUCAUUAAUGUGUAGUUGUGAAUAAUGGAGGAUGUGUAUUUGUAUUGUGAUUAGCAGUAAUGUUAUAUGUAAAUCUAUUAUUUCAUGAUCAUUUUGAUAUUUUUUUUUAUGUCCAAAAUUUAUCUUUCACUACCUGGAUCAGUUGUACAUGAAUGUAUUUGUAAGUAUUUGCAGUAUAUAAAAUAUUGACUUGUG